AUGCCAGAUGCUAUGAUGAAGUCCUUCAACACAUCGCAGCUCUCUGCAGGUUGUCCCCAAGUCAACUUCAUGACUGUAGAAAAUGUUAUGUCUUACUUCUUCUUCCUCUUGUUCCCUGUGGCAUUAAUUCUCAAUGGGGUGGCUGCCUGGGUAUCUCUGCACCUUCGCUCCACCUCGACCUUCAUCGUGUAUCUGAAGAACCUGGUGGCCUCUGACCUGCUCAUGACACUGACCCUCCCUGUGAAUGCAGCUAGCAUGCAAUCUGGAGCCACUGUUGAGUUAAGGGCGUUCGCCUGUCGGUACUCUAAUGUCAUUUUCUACUGCUGCAUGUACGCAAGCAUCGCUUUGAUGGGCCUUAUCAGUCUGGAUCGCUUCUUCAAAAUUGUUAAACCGUGUGGAAAGAUGCUAGGACAAAGUGUGAUGUUCAGUCUUGUCAUGUCGGUCUUGGUUUGGGUUACAUUGAUUGGUGGAACCGUUCUCCCAACCAUUACUCUAACUGACCAAGAUCCUGUCAAUACUACUGACAAUUUCUGUAUGUCCCUAAAAAGUAAGUCUGGUUUGAUUCUUCACAAGUUUGUAGUGCUAAGUAUGGAGAUCCUUUUCUGGUUUGUCUGCUUGUUGGUUGUGUUCUGCUACAUAUGCAUCACCAUGAAAGUCCUGCAGUCCUUCAAAAACUCUGGAAGCAAUAACAACCAGGGGAAGAAAAAAACCAAGCUCAGAGUUUUCUUGAUCCUGCUUGUAUUUUUUGUGUGUUUUGUGCCUUUCCAUUUGAUGCGUAUUCCCUUCACUUUGCAGGAAAUCUUAGGUAUUAAUAUUUGCCCUCAGCUUUGGAUCGUGGUGGUUCACCAUGUAGUCCUGUGGGUCUCUACUACAAAUGCCUGCCUUGACCCCUUUCUCUACAUUUUCCUGUGUAGGGAGUACAGAGACAAACUGGUUGAUAUGAUGAAAGCAAGAGGGAUCUGCAUUGGUUUGUACACAGAUGAAAGAGAGGAGACGUCACAGUAGACAGACAAUUUUACAGAUAGGAUAAAUUGUUAGUGGACACUGAAGAACACAGUCUACAUUUUAUCUUGUACUGCCCUCUAGUGACCUUAUAUGGAUUAGCAUUUACUAAUAGAUAAAUGUUUAACCUUUGAAAGUGAACAAUAUAAUUGAUAUAAUUUGACACCUCUUAGGUCAUAAAGUGCACUAUGUAAAUGUAAAACAUUACUGUAAAUUAAUUGCAUGUACAAUAUAUUUUAUUUGUGAUUAGAUAUUACAUGUACUAUGUCAUUACUGCUUACAUUUGCCACAUAACUCAGCACUUAUUGUGGCGCCACUGUCAAAGGAAACACAGCUAUGAAUGUAAAAAUAGUGUAUUUCAUUGUCUGUGAUGAGUCACUUC